AGGGCCGCGCGGUGGCUGGAUUUCGGCGGGGCCUCGUCUGGUUGUUGUGCUUGGCUCGGCUCCACAUCUGCAGACGCCCGCAUGUCCCGUCCUGCACAAGAUUCAUCCCCAUCGCUGACUCUGCUGCCCAUGUCGCUGCUAGACGAGCUCGAGGACACCGCCGCCCUGCCGCCGGUGGCCUAUCUUCAGCAAGCGCCAGGGCCUUCGAGCAUGGCAACUCCGAUCGAGCCCGGCUACGUCAGCACCGCCAUCUCGAGCCCCGGCAAUCUCCCCAUGUUCACUUUGGACAAUGUCCAGUUCCAGUUCGCCGGGAGUCUCAAGGCGCUCGCCGUCUCCAACAACCUGCUUGCUAUGGCGACGCAGAGCACCGGCGCAGGCGGCUCCGUCGUCCACAAAGUGUAUCGGAUUGAUUUGGGGCAGGACAAUGCCGUCGAAGAAAUCGAAGUGCAGCUCAAACUCAAAACCGACUCUAUUCGCAAGCUGUUUCUCGAUCCGGCUGGCAAACACCUACUCAUCGCCUCCGAUGCCGGUGAAUGUCUCUAUCUGUACGAGCGAUGGAAGAAGCCACGUCUGCUCAGUCGGUUCAAGAACAUCCUUGUGGAAUGCAUCGCCUGGGGAAAGCCUCGCAACCCAGACAUCACGACCGGCCCGAUCCUCAUCGGCUCGCGACAAGGCCACAUCUUCGAGACUGAGCUGACGCCGUCGGACGAAUACUUUCGGAAGGAGGAGCGAUACCUCAAGCAGAUUUAUACGCUCGGGGACGGCUCGCAUCCCGUUGUCGGUCUGCGAUUCGAAAAGUCGCCGGCUUCCGACAAGAAGUAUUUUGUGAUCGCCGCGACCUCGAACCGCCUCUACCAGUUCGUUGGAGAUAUCCUGGAAAUGCAAGGCGACACACCUAUGUUCGAGGCGUUGUUCCGCUACUAUGAUCUCAACGCUGAAUACCAUGAAGUCCCAACCGACUUUGGAUAUAGCUGCCUCAACUUUCAUAGCCAGUACACCGAUCGGGACAGCGGCACCCAGAGUGUGCCAAAGUCGUUUGGGUGGUCAUCCGCCCCUGGCGUCCUCUACGGCAAUCUCGUCUUUGGCAACCAAAACGUCGGCGAUACAUUUUCAACCAAUACCCAGCUGAUUCCAUAUCCGCUGAGAGCCGGCAAUGACGAUCCUCCGAUCUGUUUCGCCAUGACCGAGUUCCAUUUCAUAUUCCUGUUCAAAACCUUUGUCAAGUGCCUGUGUCGUCUCAACAACGAAGUUGUCUUUGAGGAAGAAAUCGCGCUGCGACAAGGAGAGAAUGUUGUUGGUCUUGCCAUAGACUUGAUCAAAAAUACCUAUUGGAUAUACACAAAUCUGUCCCUCCUCGAGCUGAUUGUGAGCGACGAGGACAGAAACGUUUGGAAAAUGUAUCUCGACAAGCGCAACUUUGACACGGCCAUGUCCCAUGCCAAGACGGAUGCCCAACGUGACGAAAUCGUGAGUCGUCAGGCAGAGUACUAUUUCUCGCAGGAUCGCUUCCAGCUUUCGGCAACCUACUUUGCAAAAUCCAUCUCGAUUCCAUUUGAAACGAUCGCCCUCAAGUUUGUCUCCAAGAAUCAACGCGGGCCUCUCAAGAAGUAUUUGAUCGAGAAACUGGCCUCGCUGAGCCCGCAGUCCACAACGCAACAGACGCUGCUGUGCUGCUGGGUUCUCGAGAUGCUCAUAGGCGAUCUCAACACCUCCCAGAAUGACAUCGACUCGCUCAACAGCAAGAUUGCAGACAUCCGAGACGGCGGUGCUGAGCCCGCUGCCCUUGAGGAGUGGUCGCUGAAGCUGGCUCGGGCCAUGGAGGAGGCGGACAUGGCCACGGACGAUUUCAAAGCCUUCGUCAAGAGCAACAUUGCUCGCAUCGAUGUCUCGGUCGCAUACGAUAUCAUGAUCAGCCAUGGCAGAGAUGUCGAGCUGCUCUACUUUGCAGAGCUCAUUGGUGACCACGAUCGCGUCGUUACGCACUGGAUACAAGAGCGGCAGUGGCUAAAUGCCCUCACGGCGAUCAAUAACCAGCCCAAUCUGGAUCUGUACUACAAGUUCUCCCCUAUCCUGAUAGAGCAUGUGCCCGUGGAUACCGUCAACGCUUGGAUCCGGCAUCCGGAUCUCAGUCCCAAGAAGCUGAUUCCGUCUCUGAUCAAAUACGAGUCUGCCAAGGCCGGGUCGCAGGGCACUGUGAAUCAAGCUGUGCGGUACUUGCGCUAUGCCGUCGAAACCCUGGGCGAGACCGACACAACGGUGCACAACUACUUGCUGUCGCUCUACCACAAAUACGCCUCAGUCGACAACGAAUAUGAUCUGCUCGAGUUCUUACGUGCUUUGCAUGGUGAGCGGCACUACGAUCUGCAAUAUGCACUCCGGCUGUGCAACCAAAAAGGACUGCCCCUCUCGACCAUCGAGCUCUACGGCGCCCUCGGUCUCCACGAGCUUGCGGUGGAUAAAGCGCUUCAGAUCCAUGACAUUGAUCUUGCAAGGAUCCAUGCGGACAAGCCCGAAGAUGACGACUCUCUGCGCCGCGUGUUGUGGCUGAAGAUUGCGCGUCAUACGGUAGAAGAAAAACAAGACAUCAAGACAGCCAUGGAGGUGCUUCGGCAGUGCAGCCUCCUGAAGAUCGAAGACAUCCUGCCAUUUUUCCCUGAUUUCGCCGUCAUCGAUGACUUCAAAGAAGAAAUCUGCAACGCUCUCGAGGAAUACAACACCCACAUAGAUGAGCUGAAGGGCCAGAUCACUGAAGCUACAAAGAGCUCCGACAAUAUCCGUGAGGACAUUCGCGGUUUGCGAAGCAGACGGGUUGUCAUCGCGGCAAAUCAAACCUGCCAGGUCUGCAAGUCACCCGUGCUCUCGCGACACUUUUAUGCAUUCCAGUGCAAGCACUGUUAUCACGCCGACUGUCUCAUGAAUGAGGUUAUAAAGCAAGCCUCAGCGGGUCGAGCCAAGCAAAUUCAGCAGCUCCAGGAGAGUCUUACCCAGGAGCUGACCAUCCAUCAACGAGUGGACCGGCGACAAGGAAACGCCCCGCCGUCAAAGCUCAAGCAAAAAGCCCUCCGGCGGCAGCUUGAUGAAUAUGUGGCAGCGCAAUGCCUGCUUUGUGGUGAUUAUAUGAUCAAAACCAUCGACGACCCUCUGGUAUCUUCAGCCGAAGCCAGCGCCGACAGCUGGGAGAUUUGAAGACAGUCCCCUUGCUCAGCAUCUCGACUAGCCCCGGCUGUGUUUGUCCGUCCACCGCUGGCUACAACGCAGGGCUUCUUUUGUGCCAGCGGCGCGGGCCUCGGGUACUGCAUGGAAUCCGCUCGUCCUUGCUCCCCCGCCACCGAUUCUCGCCCCGACUGCAUGGUUCUUUUCUGGUGCGCACAGAAUGAAUA